UGUGACAUCCCCUGGGUGUGAGCAGUGGGGGAGAAUGGCCUGGGGGAAGACUGUGACUGCCUCCCUGCCACCCAUGGCCCCCGCUGCUCCAGGGUCCUCCACACCUAUGGCCCCAAGCGGGGUGUAGGGCUCCCGGAAAUGAAGGGCGGGGUGGUGCUCCGGCUCCUGCUGUACUGGCUCAGGGCUCUGAGGGCUUCCAUCGGUGUCCUGCUGCGUCUGGCGGAGCGCGCCCUCCACAGAGUACCCGGCUGCCGGCUCCUGCGGGCCCUCCACCCAUGGCCCAGAGACCGUGACGGUGCCCCCACCAGCAGGCGCAUCGUGGCCACGUGGCAGAGGGGUGAAGCAGGAAUAGGGGACUGGAGCAAGAUCCAGGAGCAGCCGCCCAGGAGACGCGUGGAUGGGGAUGGCACCUGCACCCACGGGCCAGAAUCCCAGCUCCCAGCAACCAGCUCCCUCCAGAGCCUCUUCGAUGGGGCAGGCAGGCUGGACCUGGCUGGGCUGCGCAAGGCGGUCUAUGAGACAGGCACGGAUGCCAGCGAGCGGAAGGUCACCUGGAAGUUUCUCUUCGGUGUGUACCCCGCGGACUCCACCACUGAGGAGCGGCGCCGGCUGGACCAGCAGCUGGUCGCUCGCUACAGGAGCAUGAAGAACGCCUGGAAGCAGCAGUUCCCCAGCGCCAGGCGCAUGAAGGUCCAGUCAGACUUGGAGCUGUCCCUGGCCAUCAUGAAAUACGAGCAGCAGGAGAUGGAAGCGGCCAAGGUGCCCGCGGAGCACGGCCUGUGGCUCCAGAGCAUCAACCAGCCCCAGUUCUGGGCAUCUCUGAGGGACAUUGAUGCCGACGUGCCCCGCACCGACCGGCACCGCAGCUUCUUCCAGCGCCAGGGGCUGGUGAAGCUGCUGUACCUGAGGGAGAUUCUGAUCACAUUUGCCGCCUUCCACCAGGACAUCGGCUACUGCCAGGGCAUGACCAGCUUUGCCAGCCACUUCCUGGAGACCCUGGACUCAGAGUUUGACGCCUUCUGGUGCUUCGUAAACUGCAUGCGGCACUGGGCCCCCAGCUUGACUGCCCAGGGCGUAGCCUGCAAGAUCCGUGAGCAGCAGGGCCCGGUGGGAGGGGGACAGCAGCCCCAGUGCCAGGCCCCCACCAGGGCUGGGCUGAGCACAGUGGGUCAGCCCAGGGGGAGGUGCUGCUGCGAGCCAAGGUGGGUGGGGCAGGCGCUGUGUCACCCUCAGCUGGGCUCUUGCCAAGAAGGGCCCUGA